AUGUACAACACUCCUUCCGAUAUUUGGGUUGCAGGCGCAUUUGCUGCAGUUGCAGUCGAUUUCAUCGUCUACCCAUUCGACACACUCAAGACCCGUGUCCAGUCCCCAGACUAUGCGAAGGUCUUCAAAGAUGCGCGCACAGGAGCGGUGCGGCGCAAUCUACUCUUCCGAGGAUUGUACCAAGGCGUCUGGAGUGUGGUUUUCUCGACUAUUCCAGCUUCCGGCGCAUUCUUCACCACAUACGAAGCCGUGAAGAGCAUUAUGUACAAUUCCUCAGCAGAAGCUCCCACGAGCAUUAAAGAUGGCAAGAGGGUCUUCCCGGAUGGCUCUCUGAAUAGUCUUCGCUUGCCUUUCACACAUUCCCUUCCGACUCCAGUUAUGCAUGGAAUUGCCUCUUCAACCGGGGAGAUGGUAUCAUGUCUCAUGCUCACGCCGGCAGAGGUACUAAAGCAAAAUGCGCAGAUGAUCCAAGGUUUCCAAACAAACACAUCUGCCAUGCGACAAGUACUUUUGCGAUUUCGACGUCAUCCUUGGCGUCUAUGGAGUGGAUAUACGGCACUGGUUGGUCGGAACCUCCCAACCACAGCUUUGCAAUUUCCGCUCUUUGAGUAUGUGCGAUCACACCUGAUUAACCGGCGGAGACAACGGAAAGCGAAUCGCAGCCACACCGGCCGACCGCCAUCGGAACAGUCAGAUCAACUAGUCGAACGGGCCGGCUUGACGGGUAUAGCUGCGGCAAUUUCGGGGACGGUUGCGGCAACAGUGACUACCCCAAUUGACGUGAUCAAGACCCGCGUCAUGCUUUCGGCAAGUGAUGCUGGUGCUAGUUCCCAAAAUCAAAGUACUCGGGCUGGUUCUCGUGGCAGUGGGGCAGUAUCUUCGGAGACACGAACAAAGACCAAAUCUCUUAUAUCUGUUGGUCGUGAUAUUAUACGAUAUGAGGGCAUCCGUGGCUUGUUUAAGGGCGGAUUAAUACGGGCUGGUUGGACGGCAAUUGCAUUGGGUCUGUACCUCAGUCUUUAUGAAGGAGGCCGCUUUUAUCUGGAGAAUCGACGGAAGGAGCGGGACCUUGUCAAUGGAAAGCUUGGAAGGCCAACUGAUGAAGGUGUUGAAGGGCUCUAG